AUGAGACCCGAAGUCGAGCAGGAGCUGGCCCAUACGCUCUUAGUUGAGCUUCUGGCAUACCAGUUCGCUUCCCCGGUCCGAUGGAUUGAAACUCAAGACGUUAUUCUCGCGGAGAAGAGGACAGAGCGCAUCGUUGAGAUUGGCCCAGCAGACACGCUGGGUGGAAUGGCCAAACGAACCAUAUCUUCAAAAUACGAAGCCUACGACGCAGCGACCUCCGUCCAACGACAGAUUCUUUGCUACAACAAGGACGCAAAAGAAAUUUAUUACGAUGUUGAUCCUAUUGAGGAAGAGGAACCAGAACCCUCUCCAACAAGUGACGCUGCUCCCGCCGCUGCACCAACUGCUGCUGCUGCUGCUGCGGCUCCGGCUACCGCCGUCGCACCGCCUGCACCAAGUGCUGGACCGGCUGCUGCGAUAGCGGAUGUUCCAGUUCCUGCCGUUGAUAUUGUUAGAUCACUAGUCGCACAGAAACUAAAGAAGAAUUUUGCAGACAUUCCGCCUAACAAGGCGAUCAAAGAUUUAGUAGGAGGUAAAUCCACGCUCCAGAACGAAAUUCUUGGUGAUUUAGGCAAGGAAUUUGGCUCAACACCCGAGAGACCUGAAGAUACCCCUAUUGAUGAGCUCUCCGGCGCGCUACAGGCAACCUUCAAUGGCCAACUUGGCAAGCAAUCUGCAUCUCUGGUUGCCAGACUGGUAUCUUCUAAAAUGCCAGGUGGCUUCAACAUCACUGCUGUCCGAAAGUACCUCGAAACCAGAUGGGGGCUAGGUAGUGGCCGACAAGAUGGCGUUCUCCUUCUCGCCAUGACUAUGGAGCCUGCCUCCCGCCUUGGCUCAGAAAACGACGCCAAAGCAUAUCUAGACGACGUUGCCAACAAGUAUGCUGCGAUCCAAGGCAUUACUCUUGCUACACCUGGCGCUGGCGGUGAUGGCGGAGCCGCGGCCGGAGGGAUGAUGAUGGACCCUGCUGCCAUCGAUGCAUUAACGAAAGAUCAAAGAGCUCUUUUCAAACAACAGUUAGAAAUCAUUGCACGCUACCUAAAGAUGGACUUACGAGCCGGCGACAAAGCCCACUUAACAUCGCAGGAAUCUCAUACUGCCUUGCAGGCUCAAUUAGAUUUAUGGCAUGCGGAACACGGUGACAUCUACGCGUCCGGCAUUGAGCCAUCUUUUGAUCCCUUAAAAGCGCGUGUAUAUGAUUCAUCGUGGAAUUGGGCAAGGCAGGAUGCUCUGAGUAUGUAUUUUGAUAUCAUCUUUGGCCGGUUGAAGGUUGUGGACCGUGAAAUUGUGAGCCAGUGUAUUCGCAUCAUGAACCGCUCGAAUCCUCUUCUUCUCGAUUUCAUGCAGUAUCACAUCGAUAACUGCCCGACCGAACGCGGCGAGACAUACAAAUUAGCCAAGGAACUCGGGCAACAGCUAAUUGAAAACUGCAGAGAGGUUCUACAUACAGACCCUGUGUACAAAGAUGUCGCUGUUCCAACUGGACCGCAAACCGUGGUUGAUGCCCGCGGUGCUAUCAAUUACCAAGAGGCCCCGCGUGCGAGUGUACGCAAACUAGAACAUUAUGUCAAGCAGAUGGCUGAAGGUGGCCCAAUUUCCGAAUACAGUAACCGCACUAAGGUUCAGAAUGAUUUAAGAAACGUCUAUAAGCUAAUCCGCAAACAACAUAAGUUAUCUAAGUCAUCUCAGCUUCAGUUUAACGCCAUGUAUAGAGAGGUGCUCCGCGCUCUUGCUAUGAAUGAACAUCAGAUCAUGCCACAUGAAAACGGAAGUGCUAAAAAGGGAACACGCAGCGGUUCUCGAUCUCCUGUUAAUGGAACAAACAUGAAGCCAGGCAAGAUUGAAACCAUUCCGUUCUUGCAUUUGAAAAGGAAGAAGGCACAUGGUUGGGAAUAUAGCAAAAAAUUAACUGGAGUCUACCUUGAUGGACUUGAGUCAGCCGCUGCUGCUGGUCUUACUUUUAGUCAUAAAAAUGUUUUAAUGACCGGUGCUGGCGCUGGCUCUAUCGGUGCAGCAGUACUUCAAGGUUUGAUCAGCGGCGGCGCCAAAGUCGUUGUUACAACGAGCCGAUUUAGCCGCCAAGUUACCGAAUAUUACCAAACAAUGUAUACUCGAUAUGGGGCUAGGGGCUCUCAAUUAGUUGUUGUUCCUUUCAAUCAAGGCAGCAAGCAGGAUGUUGAGGCCUUGGUCAAUUACAUUUAUGACACCAAAAAUGGUCUGGGCUGGGAUCUUGACUACGUCGUUCCAUUUGCUGCCAUUUCUGAGAAUGGGCGUGAGAUUGACAGUAUCGACUCUAAAUCAGAAUUAGCACACCGUCUCAUGUUAACCAACAUUUACCGUUUGAUUGGUUGUGUCAAGACACAAAAACAAGAACGAGGAUUCUUAACGCGACCUGCUCAAGUCAUUCUGCCGCUAUCCCCUAACCACGGCACAUUCGGAAAUGAUGGUUUAUAUUCGGAAUCUAAGUUAGGCUUGGAAACGCUUUUCAAUAGAUGGUAUUCCGAAAACUGGGCUCACUAUUUGACCAUUUGUGGCGCUGUCAUUGGAUGGACCCGUUCUACUGGCCUCAUGAAUGCAAAUGACACAAUUGCCGAAGGUGUCGAGAAACUUGGCGUUCGAACAUUUUCACAACAGGAAAUGGCAUUUAAUUUGCUUGGGCUUAUGGCACCAGCCAUUGUCGAUCUUUGCCAAAGCAAUCCGGUGUUUGCUGAUUUGAAUGGCGGCCUUCAGUUCAUUCCUGACCUCAAUGCGCUCAUGCGAAAGCUACGUGGUGAAAUGGUUGAGACAAGUACUGUUAGACAGGCUGUUAUCAAGGAAACCGCUUUGGAAAAUAAGGUUGUCAAUGGAGAGGAUAGUGAGACUCUAUACAAAAAGGUGGUUACAGAGCCAAGGGCAAACAUUAAAUUCGAAUUCCCCACUUUGCCAGAAUGGAAGGAUUUGGAGUCAAUUAAUAAGGAUCUUAAGGGGAUGGUUAAUCUCGAUAAAGUAGUUGUCGUUGCCGGUUUUGCUGAACUUGGCCCAUGGGGUAACUCGAGGACCCGUUGGGAGAUGGAGGCAUACGGCGAAUUCUCUUUGGAAGGAUGUGUUGAGAUGGCUUGGAUCAUGAGCUUGAUCAAGAAUCACAACGGACCUAUCAAGGGCAAACCUUACUCUGGAUGGGUAGAUGCGAAGACUGGCGACCCUGUUAGUGACAAGGACGUUAAAGCGAAAUACGAGAAAUACAUCCUGGAGCAUUCUGGUAUACGUCUUAUCGAGCCAGAACUAUUCAGAGGUUACGAUCCUAAUAAGAAGCAGCUUCUACAAGAAGUCGUACUUCAAGAGGAUCUUGAAACUUUCGAAGCUUCCAAAGAAACUGCGGAAGAGUUCAAACGCGAACACGGCGACAAAGCCGAGAUUUUUGAAAUCAAGGAAUCCGGCGAAUUCACCGUUCGUCUUCUCAAGGGUGCCACCCUUUUCAUUCCCAAAGCCUUGAAGUUUGACCGUCUUGUUGCUGGUCAGAUUCCAACUGGAUGGAACCCCAAAAAUUACGGCAUCCCUGACGACAUUAUCAGCCAGGUUGAUCCCGUUGCUCUGUAUGUUCUUGUCUGUACAGCGGAAACUCUGCUCUCGUCUGGGGUUACAGAUCCUUAUGAGUUCUACAAAUACAUCCAUGUUUCUGAGCUUGGCAACUGCAUCGGUUCCGGAAUCGGCGGGUCUCUUGCUUUGAAAGGAAUGUACAAAGAUCGGUAUCUAGACAAACCGCUUCAAAAGGACAUUUUACAGGAGUCCUUCAUCAACACCAUGAGUGCGUGGGUGAACAUGUUGCUUUUGUCAUCCAGCGGUCCGAUCAAAACACCUGUUGGAGCUUGUGCGACAGCUGUUGAAUCCAUUGACAUUGGAUAUGAGACAAUUGUUGAGGGUAAAGCCCGUGUUUGCUUUGUUGGUGGAUUUGACGAUUUCCAAGAAGAAGGCUCAUACGAGUUUGCCAACAUCAAUGCUACCAGUAACGCAGAGACUGAAUUUGCCCACGGAAGAACUCCUCAAGAAAUGUCGCGACCUACUACGACCACAAGAUCCGGUUUCAUGGAGUCGCAAGGGUGUGGUAUGCAGCUGAUCAUGAGUGCUCAGCUUGCCUUGGAUAUGGGCGUUCCUAUCUACGGUGUUCUUGCUCUAACUACUACUGCUACUGACAAGAUUGGCCGAUCUGUGCCAGCGCCUGGCCAAGGUGUUUUGACCACCGCUCGCGAAAACCCAGGCAUGUUCCCAUCUCCACUUUUGGAUAUUAAAUACCGUCGACGACAACUGGAACUCAGACGAACCCAAAUCAAGCAAUGGCAAGAGUCAGAACUGCUAUACCUCCAAGAAGAAGUCGAAGCUAUGAAGUCCCAGGCCGCUGAGCCCUUUGACGAAAAGGAAUAUCUACAGGAGCGUGUGGAGCACAUCCAUCGUGAAGCCAUCCGACAGGAAAAAGACGCCCAGUUUGCGCUCGGCAACAAUUUCUGGAAGCAGGAUUCUCGCAUUGCUCCUCUUCGAGGUGCCCUUGCAACGUGGGGUCUUACAAUCGAUGAUCUUGAUGUUGCUUCCUUCCACGGCACCUCAACGGUUGCCAACGACAAGAAUGAGUGUGAUGUUUUAUGCAAACAAAUGAAGCAUCUUGGCAGAAAGAAGGGCAAUGCCCUCCUUGGUAUUUUCCAGAAGUAUUUGACUGGACAUCCAAAAGGUGCUGCUGGUGGAUUCAUGUUCAACGGCUGCUUACAGGCCCUGAACAGUGGCCUCGUUCCUGGUAAUCGAAACGCGGAUAAUGUUGACAAAAUUAUGGAGAAGUUUGACUAUAUCGUAUACCCAAGCCGCAGCCUCCAGACUGAUGGGAUUAAGGCAUUUUCUGUCACUUCAUUCGGAUUCGGGCAGAAGGGCGCCCAGGCGAUUGGUAUUCACCCCAAGUAUCUUUUCGCCACCUUGAGCGACACUCAAUACGCCGCAUACAAGACAAAGGUCAAAGCUCGCCAGAAGAAGGCAUACAGAUACUUCCACAACGGAUUGAUCAAUAACAGCAUCUUCGUUGCUAAGGAUAAAUCACCUUAUGACGAUAGCCAGGAAUCAGGGGUCUUACUUAACCCUGAUGCCCGUGUAACUCUCAAUGAGAAGACAUCUCAGUUCAAUUAUCCAGCUAAGAAUGCUGCUCGCAAGACCUCUGAGAGUACUAAGGAAAUGGUAGAGAAGCUAGCGAAGGCUGCUGCGGGGAACAGCACUCGUGUUGGUGUCGAUGUUGAGAGUCUUGAUGCGAUCAACAUUGAGAACGAAACGUUUAUUAAACGAAACUUCACAGCUGCUGAGCAGAAGUAUUGCCUGCAGGCUGCAUCCCCCAGGGCCUCCUUCACAGGACGGUGGAGCGCAAAAGAAGCUGUCUUCAAAUCUCUUGGCGUUCCAGGAAAGGGCGCCGGAGCACCUCUAAGGGAUAUUGAGAUCACAAACGAUUCCAACGGUGCUCCAGUUGUUACUCUGCACGGCGAGGCUGCAGAUGCUGCGAAGCGAGCGGGCAUCAAAGGCGUCAGCGUCAGCAUUAGUCACAAUGACUCUCAAGCUGUAGCUGUUGCUCAAGCUACAUUGAACUAG